AUGGCCAUGGGGGACAGUAUCCCGGACUACGUGGCCGUGGCCGUGCAGAAGAACAAGGUGAAGAUGGCCGGUAAGUAUAACAGCAUGGACUGUAUGAGGUGUUUUAUGCACAUGGUUGAGUAUUGCAUGGGCUUCACGCCUACGGAGUAUACCGAGGAGCUGCAUGAGUGGUUUCUGAAGCGGCAGUCUCGGAAGUGGGCACGCCAUGCUGCUGCGGAGAUCGCGUAUUUUGGCGUGGUUUCCUGCGACACAAUGACCACAGCAUUGGGUCGUAUGAGGAAGGCUCUCAACGGCACGUCUCAAGUGAGCGUCGCGACCAUGUAUGUAUUGUUCUGCGAGACGCGGCAGGCUAUCAACAGGUAUUCGUUGCAUGGUGUUUGGUAUCUCAUACACGCGUAUGACAAGAGCAAGUCUGUGCGGGCAAAUGUUUCGCGUGUCCGGCCUGGGCUAGUAUCGACGCGUUGUCACACAAUACAGCUUUUGGAGGCGAUCCGCAGCUGUGUGGGAGUAUCGCUUUCUGUGCUGCGGAUCUCGGGAGGUGGCGUAUCAGGCGGUGGACCUUGCGAGGUGGCGUAUCAGCUCGGUCGGCGCCGUCUGUGUCCCAAGGUAGAAUCUGAUGGUAUUCCUGAGCUCCGUGUGCUUAGGAGUUGUCUCAGCGUACUGACACAGAAGGUGCAGAUGUAUGCGAGGCAGCCUUGGCAGCAGUACCGCGGCUUGGUCAAGGCCGCCAAAGGUCUGGGUAUCAAGUACGGGAAGUCGCAUACGGUGAAGAAGCUCGCUCUGCUCGUGAAGCGAGGUAUGCUGCAGCCUUCAGGCACCGGUGCGUGCAAACGGACGUACCGGGAUCUGCCGCUUACUGUAUAUCGCGAGAUCGUAUUCACUUCCAUAUUGCCGGCCUUCCGUAUGGCUUCCCAGAUGGCCGGUCGGCUCGACCCCGUCACGGGCGAGUAUUACCCAAGCGAUGAUGAAGUGCGCUGCAGUAUGGAGCGCUGGCACACGCCACCCAACGACGAGGCGUAUGCGCGGCAAUGGCUGAAGCAGUGUGGCUCCGAGAGGCGCGCCCUGCGCCGCGCCCUCGCACGCGGAGCCGAGCGCGAGUCGCUCGCGGCCGGCGGGGCGCUCGCGCGGCGUUCGCAGGGGGCGCCCCCGCUCGCGCGGGGCGGCGCCGGGAUGGGCGGCGCCGCGCGCGGCACGCCGAGCCGGGCGCCGGGGCGCGGCGGGCCGCGGCGCCGGGGCGCGCAGGAAGGAUGCGGCGCGCUGCUACGCGGCGCCAGCCCGGGCGCUUGCGCCGGCCUUAGCGCGCGGCACCGCCGGUCCGCUGGGCCCUGCGGCCUCCGGGCCGCCUCGGGCGCCACUGGGCCCGGCGGCGACGGGCUGUGGUCGAGCACCUCUUUCGAGGCCCUGGGCGUGCACCCGGCCCUGGUGCAGGCCCUCGCCGCCCAGGACAUCGCGCGGCCCACGGUGGUGCAGGCGGACUCCUUCGGGCCCAUCGUGCGCGGGCGGGACGCCCUCCUCCGCGCGGAGACGGGCUCGGGGAAGACGCUCGCGUACCUGCUGCCGCUGGUCAAUCGCAUCUACUACCAGCACGACCGCGCACGGGCCGCGGCGGAGGCGGGCGGCGCCGAGGCGAACCCGCUGCAGAGCAUGCGGCCCUGGGUGGUGCUGGCUCCCACCAGCGACCUCUGCGCGCAGAUCCUAGCCAUGCUCGAGGCCGUGGACGUCGACCGCCUGGUGGCGCCCCAGUCGCUGCAGCGCCUCUUCCGCUGGGAGGCGCUGCGGGGGCCGGUCGCCGGGGCCUUCCGUGAGCCGCGGCUAAAGGAGGUCACCAGAGUCGGGCCGUCCUCCCAGAGCUCGGCCGCGUACGCAACGGCAUCGCCGCGGAUCCGGUGGGGCGCCGUGGACGUCGUGGUGAGCACCCCGUCAAAGUUCUGCGAGGAGCUGCAGCAGAUGAAGGAGGACCGCAUCUUCCCAGCCUGCGUGGUGAUGGACGAGGCCGACGCACUCUUCCAGGGAGUCAACCGUCUCCACCUCUUCGACAUCUUCGGUCUGCUGCGGCCGCGCGUGCGGGCGAAGCGCGCGGACGAGCCGCGGCGGCGCCUUCCAGACAUGAUCCCUACGCAGUUCAUCUUCGCUUCGGCGACCAUGGUCCACAUAGGGCCCUUCAGUCCUGGCAACAUGCUAAUCGAGCGGUUCUGCACUGCGCACACGGUCGAGACCCCGUAUUUCCACCGGUUGCCAGCAGGCAUCGACCAAGACAGCGUGCGUUGGCUUACCGGCAGCGACGACUGGGAACGGCGGAUCGACCAGUUGCUUGAGAUUCUCCGUGAUGUGCCUUGUGAGCGAACGUUGGUGUUUGUCAACAGCUUGCAUAAUUGCCAUGUCCUGCUGGGAUUCUUAAGGAGCGCUGGGUGGCCCGUGGCGUCCUUCAUGAAGGGGCGGCAGGGCCGUAUGGGACCGAGGUUCCGGGACGCGCGGGAGUUCGCCGACGGCAGGGCGAGCAUCAUGCUCGCCACGGAGUUUGGAGGCCGAGGGAUCGAUUGGCAUGAGGUCGACCACGUCGUGAAUUUCCAGAUGCCGACUAGCGCUGUUGGCUGGCUACAUCGUGUGGGUCGGACUGGCCGCAUGGGAAAGCGGGGCUUGGUGACCAACCUCGUUGGCAUCAAAGACCAGGCGCUCGCGCAGCUGAUCCAGGAGCGGCUGCUCGCUGGCAAGGACCUCCACGGUGCCUUCUCGCGGCGCCGGUCGCUGCGCAGGAAGACGCGGGCCCUGGCCCAGGAGGGCGGCGGCGGCGGCGAUGACGAGGCACCCACCCCACACCGCUGGGAGGGCGGCUCCAUGCGCAUGGAGGGCGGUCUGGAGAUCUUCGAGCGCGGCCUGACAGGCGGCGGCGCCACUCCAGGCUCCGCCGAGGAUGCCCAGGCGCACCAGGGCGCUGACAGCGGCGGCACUCUCCUAGGCUACCUCAGCUCUCCCGAGGCCGAAGACGACCAGCCGGUAGGCCGGCGGCAGCGGCAGGUCGCGGCGGUCAGUGGCAGGCAGCGCGAGGCUGGCGACCGGCGCGGGGGCGCAUCGGCGCUCGGCGAGGGCGGGCCGGAGGGCGCCGACGGCGCGCUGGCGGACCUGCGCGCGAGGCUGUUGGACUCCGACUCCGAGUCCGAGGGCUCUGGCGCGGAGGACUCGGACGGCGGCGCGACCCGGGGCGCGCCAGCGGGGGCCUCUGAGCAGGCGCCGUUCCAAUGGUCGCGGCUCGGCGACGCGGAGGAGGGUGGCGCGUCGCUUGGGCCCGAGCCGCAGCGGCAGCUGCUGAACCGAGGCGCUCGGCGAGACGGCGAGCCGCCCGCGGCGAGGGGCGGCGGCGCCGCUUCCCGCGCGCCAGCGGCAGGAAGCGGCAGGAAGCGGCGCGGUGUGAAGGCAGCCAGCAGGGCCGCGGCCGGCCGUAACUACGCGGAGCCCGAGGACGACCUCCUGCUGUGA